AAAAGAACUCUCUCUCUCUCUCUAUCUCUCUCUCUCUCUAGUCCUCAAUCACAGCUCUAAUUAGAGAGAGAGGUUUUGGAGAGAAGAAAACCCUAAAAAUAACAGAGAAGUGAAGAUGGGAAGAGGAAAGAUUGUGAUUCGAAGGAUCGAUAAUUCAUCAAGCAGGCAAGUGACUUUCUCUAAGCGAAGAAAUGGAUUGCUCAAAAAGGCUAAGGAGCUAUCGAUCCUUUGCGACGCUGAAGUUGGACUAAUUAUCUUUUCAAGCACUGGCAAGCUUUAUGACUAUGCAAGCACCAGCAUGAAAUCUGUAAUCGAGCGAUACAACAAACUGAAAGAGGAACAACGUCAACUGCUGAAUCCUGCUUCAGAGGUCCAGUUUUGGCAAAGGGAAGCAGAAAGUUUGAGGCAACAGCUGCAGUACUUGCAAGAAAGCCACAGGCAACUGAUGGGAGAAGAACUUUCUGGUUUGGGUGUCAAAGAUUUACAAAAUCUGGAAAAUCAACUGGAAAUGAGUUUGAAAGGUGUCCAUGUGAGAAAGGACCAAAUUUUAACUGAUGAAAUAAAAGAACUAAACCGGAAGGGGGGCCUCAUUCAACAGGAAAACAUUGAGCUAAACAAGAAGGUAAACAUACUCCAUCACGAGAAUACAGAACUGCAUAAAAAGGUUUACGGAGCAGAGUGUGUCAAUGAAGCAAACAGAAGCUCCCAUGUUUCACGUGGACUCCUUGGUUUCAACUUCCAUGCACCCAUCAGUCUCCAGCUAAGCCCGCCACAGUCUCAGAAGAAUGAAGCCCCAGCAAAAGCAAUGAAGUUGGGGCUACAACUGCAUUAGCAAAGGAGGUCAACCACAUUAGAUGGAUGUCAGCCAGUUCAAUAUUCCACCCUCAAUUGUGACAUCAGGCUUCUUAUCAUUGAGACAGAUGCGCUGCAAGACGAAUACUAAGCAUAAUAGUAAUCA